CGCACAUCCAUACGCCACACAACCAUGUCUGUCAUGUCGCUCUCUGACUCUGACUCUUCGUCACUAUCAUCAGCGCCAUUGACAGAAGAUGAAUCGCCGAUGCCGAUUGACGAGAAGCCUGCAGGCAUCGCGAAGUAUUUCAAGAAGGAGUCUGAGUCUCCGCCCCCGAAACGAUCCCCGUCACCACCACACGAAUAUGUCCUGGCAGAUAACCCAGACAUCGCUUUCAUCGUAAUGUUCCGCGCGCGUUUUAGUGAGGUGUUCCCACGAUCCUUACCGCACUAUGGACCUCAAGAUAUCGAGAAGGGUGUCUCUGAACCGGUCCCCGGUGAUCAUAUUGAAAGGCUUUUAUGCGCGUUACUUGGUCUAGUACUGAAUAGGAAGAAGGAUGUUGAGCGAAAUCAUUACCAGCGUCCUCUUGAAGAAGCGAUUAAUGCGCAUUCAAACCAGUGGCCGAAGGCAUGGGAGUCCAAGAAUCCUCUCCAUGGUGGCCGCAGUUUCUCAACAAUGUCCGCCGAACAACGUCUUCAAUUAUUACGCGCACUCAUUCUCUGGUCGCUGUCCUCCUCUGAAGCAGUUCAAGCGAAGAUCAAGGAAUCGUACAAACAAGCACGCCAUGAUGACGACUUGAACCAGCCUCUUUCUGUACAGCCCUGGGGCCGAGAUAGUCUUAAGCGUCGGUACUGGCUUAUUGAAGGACAGGAUGAUACACAUUUCAGAUUGUACAGGGAGAGCAACCCGUCUCUGAAGAAUGUGACUUGGUGGAGCGUGGCCGGAAACAUUCCUGAACUAUCAGCUAUUGCUGAUAAACUCGAACAAGAAAAGAACCAGCACUCCAAGAAGUUGAGUGAGAGGAUUCGGAAUGCAGUACCACGGUUUGAGGCGUCAGAGGAGAAACGCAAACGUCGUGACUACCGACUUGCACGGAAGGCUGCUUUUGCUCGCCCGGAGCCUGGAUUCUCAUUAUACGAAGGUCGCACUCGCGGGAAAAAGUUGAAGUAUACAUAUUCUGACGACGAAGACUUCUUCUUUGACGGCCUACCUUCCACUCGGAGGUCCACUCGAAAUAGCUCCGCUGCUGAUACCCCAGCAGAGCCGACGGGUCCUAGAUUCACAGCUAGUGGGAGGCAGAUUCGGUCUCGUACUGGAGGCAUGUAUGGCGAGUCUUUACUCAUUACGCAACGGAAGGACAACGCUGUCUCUUCACCGCAGCACAGCGAGGGAGAUGCUGGUCGACCUCGGAGAACCCGAACAGCCGAUAAAGCAAAUGAGUAUACAGGCUAUGACUUUGGCGAGACAGACGAUGAAUCCGAGGCCCAUUCUAGUGGAAAUGAAUGGCAGGGUGGCGAUGAGGGCGAUGAAAACGAUUUCGAAGGAGAUGAAGAAGAAGAAUUGAGUGGAGACGAGUCCGUGAUUAAUGGAAAUGAGACUAGAUCUCCCAGUCUUGUGGUGCAACUUAGGUAUGGGCAGGGCAAGCUUCGAAGCAGCCCGUGUGCUCCUCGUGAGGGACCAUCAAGGCACUCUACUGCAGUUGGAAAUGGCGUGGGAAAUGAACGUGCGGUGUCUUCAGAACACCCUCCAGCGAAAACUGAACAACCUGCAGCGGACCAAGUGCCGUAUACUACGCAGGAGACUAAGACUGUUCUACAUGUGGGCAACGCACCGGGCCUCGUCCCGGAUAGUGCUAAUGCUGAAAUUCCAAAAACGACGGCGCAAACCGAACCAAUUGGCCCGUCUCUCGGAAAGACCGACGGCCUAGGUAUCCAAGUCGAUCCGGGGGCUCGCACUUAG